AUGCGUGUCGUCGUUUUCGGCGCAACCGGCGUCCAGGGCGCCGCCCAACUCUCGGCCCUGACCGCCGCAAAGCACACCCCGAUCGCCGUAAGCCGGCGCCCCACCUCGGCCCCCGAAUUCCCCGCAGCGGAGACCCGCAUCGCCGACCUCAACGACCUCCCCUCCGUCCGCGCCGCCGUCUCCGGCGCCGACGCCGUCUUCCUCAACAUGCCCUCCUUCCAGCCCCCGGGCCCCCUCAUCGCGGCCGCCAAGGCCAUCGGCGAAGAGGCGGCCAAGCAGCCGUCGAUCAAAUUCAUCGUCUUCAACACGAGCAUGCCGGUGCCCGAGAAGAGCGCGGGCAUCGAGGCGCAGGAGAGCCGCCGCGAGAUGCGCCGCGUGCUCCGCGAAGGGACGAAGGGAAGCGGCGUCGCGGUCGUCUCGAUCCAGCCCGUCGUGUACUUGGACAACCUCCUCGCGGGGUGGACGCUGCCGCGGCUGCGGGACGAGGGGCGCAUCGUGUACUGCCACAAGCCGGACCUGGAGGUGUCGUGGAUCUGCCACGACGACCUGGCGGCGCUGAUGGUGGCGGUGCUGGGGAAGGAGGCGGGGGAGAUGGACGGGCGGGAUAUUCCCGUGGGCGGGCCGGAGACGGUGAGGUUGUCGCAGCUCGCGGAGAAGCUGGGGCGGGCGUGGGGUCGGGAGGUCGGGUACGAGAACCAGAGCGUGCCGGAGUUCGCGACGGAGUUCGGCGAUAGGAUCGGGGACGCGGUGUCGGGGCUCGAGAAGGAGGCCGUCGUGGACGAGAUGCGCAGGGCGUAUGCUUGGUACAACGACGCCGAGGAAAAGCCGUUCCGGGUGGAUAUGGGUCCGGUUUUGAAGGAGUUGCCGGCUGAGUUGACGGCGAUUGAGGAGUGGGGUAGACGAAAGGGAUGUCCGAUUCAAGCCAAGUAA